AUGGUGGCAGCGCGGGACAACUCGAGGAAGCCCACCACUUUUCUGCAGCUGCAGGUCAUGCUCGGCGAUAGAACGCCGGAAACAGCUUCCACGUCGAUGGAAUCUCCGCCGAGCUUCAAUCCAUUCGCAGUCGAACUCCCAGACAAAUUCGAUUUCCGACACCCUGAAGCUUGGAAACGAUGGUUCGUCAGGUGGGAACGCUACAGAGUUAUUUCCGGAUUGCACAAGCAAGAUGCUGACACGCAAAUUAACACGUUCCUUUAUGCGAUGGGAAGCGAAGCCGAAGACGUCCUGAUUUCGAUGCGGCUCACCGAUGAAGAAGCGAAGGACUACAGCAAGCUGACAGCGAGCUUCGAACGUCACUUUGUCCCAAUGCGGAAUGUCAUCUACGAGCGCGCCCGGUUCAAUCAGCGGCACCAAUUGGAACAUGAGGCCGUAGAGGAGUUUGUGACCGAACUGCACCGGCUGGCCGAAACCUGUGAGUUUGGCAGCUUGAAAGAUGAUCUCAUCCGGGACCGGCUAGUUGUCGGAUUACGAGACAAGAAGUUGAGCGAAAGACUUCAGCUGGACUCCGGCCUGACUUUAGAAAAAGCGGUGAACACGGCUCGCAAUUCUGAGGCUGUCAAGGGACAACAGCCGACCAUCCGCGGGGGUUUGGCCCCAAGCACUCUUUCUACUGACAGUACGGGACUCGACGCGGUGACGUCAACGCAACACCCUGGUCAACGCGAGCUCUAUGGACCCGCAAGAUCCUCUAUUGACACCAUAGGUCAGGUGGAAGUCGACGUCACAUGGAACGGACAGACAAUACGGGAGCAAAUAUUUGUCAUCCAAAGUCUAAGGGACGCCCUUCUGGGUAGACCAGCUAUACGGGCGCUCAACGUACUGCCACAAAUCCUCACGGUAGAUGAAUGCCCAUUAGGCGACCCAGUAGCGUUCAAGUAUAAAGAUCUCUUCGGGCCAUUAGGACACAUGAAGGCGGUCUAUGGAAUCAAGUUAGUACCUGGUGCUACACCGCAUGCAGUCAAUCAUCCAAGACGAGUUCCCAUUCCGCUCUUACCAAGCGUGCAGGCCGAACUAAGGCGCAUGGAAGAUCUUGGCGUCAUCAAGAAAGUAGACCACCCCACAGAAUGGUGCGCGCCAAUGGUCGUGGCGAAAAAGAAAGACUGGAAACUACGGAUCUGCGUCGACUACGCUGAGCUCAAUAAGCAGAUCAUACGUGAGCGACUCAUCAUGCGGAUGGUCGAGGAGAACCUCAGCAGUAUUAGAGGGGCGAAACUCUUCAGCAAGCUAGACGCAAACGCGGGCUAUUGGCAAGCGCCUCUCUCACCGGAAAGCUCUGAGCUCACCACGUUUAUCACCCCGCUUGGGCGAUAUCAGUUUCUGCGUCUACCAUUCGGAAUCUCCACAGCGCCUGAAUUCUUCCAACGGGAAAUGCUGCGCAUCUUAGAAGGCCUAGAAGGGACAGUGUGUCAUAUGGACGAUAUCCUCAUUUACGGCAAUGACGAAGCUGAGCACGAUUGA